GCAGAGCCUGCCCCGACCCCCACCCCACGGCAGGGCAGCCCCGGGUGGGUGUCUGGGCACUCAGGAGGUGCCCCGGGAGGUGAGUGGUGCCGGCAGGAUUGGGGCCACGUGUUUCAAACCCCGGUUAUGAGAUGGAGUCGUGCAACCAGCCCAAGGGAGCCUGCGACCGCUGCGGCUUCAGGGGUUAAGUCAAUGCACCCCAAAUUGAGGAACAAGAGUAGGGACUAAGGGAUCCUACUAAAUUCCCCGUGACCCGAAGGAAUGGGAAAAUGGGAUGAGGCAGCGUGAGUCACUGAGGAGCAGCGGCUCAAAGGGGAGGCGGCCAGGAGGCGAGACCACCCGCUGCGGGGCGAAGGAUCGCGGGGACUCCAGCUUGCUGGUGAUGGAGAGCGUCUCUUCUUCCUCUUCACCCUUCUCUGCCAGUUCCCCCACUGUGCAGUCUGAGAACACCACUGCCCAUGACUACUACUCUGACUACUACUCCGGCCUCCAGAAGAGCAUGCACGUCCUCUCCAUGGUGGUGUACAGCAUCGCCUGUUUGCUGGGGGUGACAGGGAACGGCCUGGUCAUCUGGAUCGCAGGCUUCAAGAUGAAGAAGACAGUGAACUCCAUCUGGUUCCUCAACCUGGCCAUUGCUGACUUCAUCUUCACUUUUUUCCUGCCCCUCAGCAUCGCCUACACUGCCCUGGGCUUCCACUGGCCGUUUGGGAAGCUCCUGUGCAAGCUGAACAGCACCAUCGCGUUCCUCAACAUGUUCGCCAGCGUUUUCCUCCUGACGGUCAUCAGCAUGGACCGCUGCGUUUCUGUGGCUUUUCCCGUCUGGUCUCACAACCGCAGGAGUCCGGAGCUGGCGGCCAGGAUUGCACUGGGGACGUGGAUCCUGGCUCUCCUCCUCAGCUCCCCGUACCUCGUCUUUCGGGAUACCGUGGUCAGUUCCAGAAACAUCACCAGCUGCUAUAAUAAUUUUGCACUCUCUGAUGACUACACAUCCGAGGCAACGCGGAGGCUGUGGAGGCUGCGGCAUAAAGCGAUGAUCAUAACGCGAUUCUUAUGCGGGUUCCUCAUCCCCUUCACGGUGAUUCUCAUCUGCUACAGCAUCGUUGCUGUCAAGCUGAAAAGAAGGCAGUUAGCCAACUCUGCGAAGCCAUACAGAAUUAUCAUUGCUGUUACAGUCUCAUUCUUCCUCUGUUAUUUCCCAUAUCACGUCUUCUCCUUGCUGGAAAUAUCCAAAAACUCUUCCAGUCAUGAGAUGAAAAUGGCCCUUUACAUCGGGAUCCCUUUGGUUUCCAGCCUCGCUUUCUUCAACAGCUGCAUCAACCCCAUCCUGUACGUAUUUGUGGGGCCGGAUUUCAAAGAGAAGUUUCGCCAGUCCAUCCUGUCGACCUUCGAAGGGGCCUUCAGCGAGGAGUCGGUCCUGGGCAGCCUGACUAGCAGGAGAAAGUCCAGGUCUGCUUCGGAAGCGGAGGUCCCGAGGGUCUGAGUGGGCACUGGUGUAGAGAGGGCAGUUCUUUUCUCUGCAAUUUCCCUCAUUUCAGAGCUACAGUCGCAGAACUGGGGGCUACAAAGGGCUGUACAUGCUAACAAAGCGUGAUGUGAUGUUUUGAAGGUAUCUCAAAUCUACUAUGACUUAAUAUAUUAUGGAAAUUAAACAACCAUCUGGAGCUGCAGCAGAGUGGGAAAGUCAAAGUAUGCUUUGCUCGUUGUGCCACUUCUUGGCUGCCUUGUUUCCCUGUACCUUUUCCAUCCCCUACGGUCCACGGCAAAAUGUCUCCCUGGCUGGCUGUGCCAAGAGGGCAACCACAGCCUGGGUGGUUGUUGCCAGCCCAUCAGACUUGGUUGCCUCAGCGCUGCUGAUCUUUUACAGCUUCCAGUUUUUAGCAGGGGACGCUUUAUAAAAUUUGCCGGUUUGUGACUCCGCUGGCAGAGCUCUCUUUACUUUCCUCUCCUUCUGGCUCCCAAGCACUUUGGAUGUGCCCAGGGGAGGCAUCUGGGGACAAAUCCUGUUCGCAUCUCCGUUGGGUUCACCUGCCUGCAGUGCAUCUGCACAUGGUGAGCUGAGGGAUAAUUUUCUUUCCUGCCCUUGCUAGACUUUCCUGGCACCUCAUCUUUGCUGGAGUUCCAGCAGGGGGAAAAAUUGGGUGCAGCUGUACUGGCAGAGUACGGCUGGAUGGGAGGUGUACGGCUGCACAGGAGGUGUACAGCAGCACUGGCAUUUCGGCUGUCCAGAGGAGAAAAGGAGGGAGAGGAGAGCUAUUCCAUAAUUCCCUUGUAAUUAAAUCAGUAAAGAAAAUAGAAAGAUUCUUUCCCAUGUAUCAUUCCAGUCUGACGCAUGGGCUGCUAGAGCUUAAGGAGAAAAUAAUUAAAAAAAAAAGCAGCAGCUUGAACGUGCAGUGGGAUCCAUCUGGAGGCACUCUUACACAUGCAGCUUUUAAAGAAAUAGGGUUAAAUGAAAUGGCUAUAUGUAUUUUUGUAGGGUCUGGACUAGCUAGUAAGACAUGCAUCUUUUCUCACCUCAGAUGUAUGGCAGGACAAAUUAUUGGUUGUGCUUCAGUUCCUCAGAUUUGAUGUACAGCAUAACUGUUUCUGAGCAAUGCUUGCCUCUGUGUGUUUGACAUGUUUCUGGCUCUUAAAUAGCAGAGAUCUGACAUUUUGUACUAUUGGUGAAUGAAUAUUAAACCCCAUUAAACUCAUUAAAAUAUA